AUGGCAGGCAAUGCGGCCAUGAAGAAGACGCCGCUCUAUAAGGACAAGUUUGUGGAGAUCUACUCUGACCACAUGGACAAGAGGGUCGAGAUCCCUUCGCGCUCGGGCGAAGUCAGCUUCGCCACCGACCGGGAUCUGGACUUCACCUUCCUGGACUUGAAAGUCUGGGGCAUGGCGCCGAACAGUGCUUCUGGGACAUAUGUAUAUACAUAUAAUAUAUAUAUAUAUAUAACAUAA